UGGAUAAACUGAGGGUUGUUUUCUAAAAUCGCACGUAUAAAUAUGUGGGAGAAAAAUACAACCGCAAAAAAAAGAAAGAUAAAAAGAAUCAAACAAGAGAGAGAAAAACUGAAAAAGCUUUGGUAGAAUUUAACUGAUAGAGGCAAAACGUCGAACACAUGGCGUGCAGAAUGGUGCUGCGAACCAUGUUCUCUACCGAGCCAUGGCUGCUUCCAUGUUCAUCCAACCGGUUUCCUCCUUCUGGCCCGUUGAAGGUCCAACAUCUGAACAUGGGUUCGGGUUAUUGGGUCACCCGAACCCAGAACUUCCACCGGCUUAAUUGCUCUUCUCAGGAUGACCAGGGCCCACCUCAAGAAGCUGUACUCAAAGCCAUUUCAGUCUCAAAGACGGAAGGAAGGGUUGGGCAAACUACGAAUGUUGUCAUUGGAGGGACAGUAGCAGAUGAUUCUACCAAUGAAUGGCUGGCUCUGGAUCAAAAGGUGAACUCGUACCCUACGAUUAGAGGAUUUACAGCUAUUGGAACUGGUGGUGAUGACUUUGUGCAUUCUAUGGUUGUAGCUGUUGAAUCAGUCCUUCAACAACCGAUCCCUGAGGGUCAAGUAAAGCAGAAAACAUCAUCGAAGGGCAAGUAUGUAUCUGUUAAUAUUGGACCUGUGGAAGUCAUGUCUAGUGAACAGGUGCAAGCUGUGUACAACGCCAUGCGAAGAGAUGAUCGGAUGAAGUACUUCCUGUAGGCUAGAUUUUCUUCCCCUUUUUUGAUAUACUAGUAUUAGAUUAUUCAUAUUUUUCUGCAGUUCCUGUAAAAUAUAAACGAAGUAUGCUGUAACUUAUAACAGACUCAUCAUUGUAUAUUGCUGCGGCCAAACACAUGCCUUAGCAUUGUUUUUCUACAUCAGAUGACGAAAUGCCUCGUAUGGGCAUCGGUGCUUACAAUUGUUACAAAUACUUACCUUUUUUCAUGUUAUCGAACUGCUUAAACUAAUUA